AUGUUUCUUCUAUUUCUGAUUCCAUCAAUUCUUGGAUCACCUGAAUCUGAUGCCAAAGAUCUGAAUGAAGCAUUCAAUUAUUCAACUCUGAUUACGGUAAUUUAUGAGAAAAAAUACCUGGAAAGACAGAAAAUGAUGGAAACUUUUCGAAGAGUUUAUGGUGAAGAAGCAUAUUUCAAUUUAUGGAACAAAUUGGGCGAUCUCCCAAAGGAACUUUCGAUAGGAAUAAUCGAUAAUCAAGCAUUCUAUGAUGCAAAAUUAUUAAAUCUUGGUCUAACUCGCUCUUUUUACGAUGAAGAUACGUUAAGCGAACUAAUGCUAACAAGAACAUCUCAAGAAAUUAGGACCAUCAAAAAGGCGUAUAAGCGAUUAGAUCAUCGUGAUUUAUGCGAUGAUAUUGAUGGAAGAUCAUCAGGGGAUUUGAAAGGAGUUCUGUUAGCACUUUGUGCAGCUGAUAGAGAUGAAUCUGAAGUUGUUGAUGAGAAAUUGGCAUUGGAAGAUUGUCAAAAUUUAUAUGCUUAUGGUCCAUAUAAUUAUCGAAUUGAUAAAGAUGGAAUCAAUUCGAUUUUGUUCAACCGAAACUAUAAUCAACUUCGAAGAAUGUUCGAGAUAUUCUCCGAAUUCGAAUAUAUCACACCAAUACAAACGGUUAUGAACAAGCGUACGAUUGAGGAUAUGAUUGAACAAGAGUACUCUUUUUCGGCAGAGCGUGCACUUCAACAAUACAUCAAGACUAUGAAACAUCGAGCGGGUUAUUUUGCAAGCCUUAUUGAAGGAGGCUUGAGAGGAGUCAGUGGUGAGCGACAAGUGAUUCGAACAAUUUUUGGACGCGCUGGUGUCGAUUUAUCAGAAAUUGUUAAAGCGUUUGGUGGAAAGGAUAAACUUGUGGAGAGCAUCAGAAAAUCUCAAAAUCUAACUCGGAUUACUAAACAAGCUUUGAUAGCUAUUCUGAAUGCAAAUGAGAAUGUUUGA